AUGUCUCUAGAGGCAGUCCUUUUAAUACUUAUUACAUCUUUAUAUUAUAUUAAGAUUAAUGUUAACCUACUAGAUAAUACUUUUAUCGAUAAAGAGAUAUUAAGGCUAUAA